GCUGGCGAGGCAGAGCGCCGUAGCUCUUGCCGACGUGAUGGGCGAUGAGCGACUGAGGCUGGCGCUGGAGGAGGUGCACAGCGUCACUCAGCAACUGCACGCGCUCGACGAAGAACACAAGCAGACCAUUCACAAGCUGAAGGCCAAGUUGCAAAUCGUACGAGACGGGGAGAGAAGGCUGCUGAGGUCGACCUGCUGAAGGAGGCGCGUCUGCUGCUGGAGGAGGGAGGUCAGGACGCAGGAGAAGAAAGGCCAUGGACGCCGCGGCAACACGUGGAAAAACUCCAGAAGGAAGUUGAGGAGCAGCAGCGGGAAAUCAAAUCCCUGAGACACGCGCAGACGUCCUCCUCGCUCCACCUCAACGGACCAACUGGCGGCCGCGACUCCCCUCGAGGUGCCGAUCCCCGCCCAAAAUUCGAAUGCCAACCUGGAGCUCCUCCCCCUCCCCUCCACCUCCCCCUCCUUGUGGGCGGGGCACCUCCUCCUCCACCUCCACCUCCUCCAGGCGUCGGAGCUCCUCCCCCUCCUCCACUCCACCUCCUCCACCUUCCUCAGGCGGCGGCCUCCCCCGCCUCCUCCCCUCCACCUCCGCCUGUGAACCCCGUAGCGACGCUGGCCACCAUGAUCGGGGUCUCCAAGCAGAACAAGAAGGAGGCAGACGGCCCAGACUCGAGCGCCAAACCUGGCGGCGGGAUGGACGACCUCAUCAACCAGAUCAAGCAGGGCGGCGUCAAACUGAAGGCCACGAAGCCCUUCUGCCUGGGCUACAGCAGCAAGAAGGCGUCGGGCGAGGUGGCGGACAAGCCGGCCGACGCUGUGCAAGAGAUGAAGAGCAUCCUGGCCACGAUGAAGCGCGGGCGCGCGGGGCGGCUGCGGCCCUCCGCCGUGUCGCAGGAGGCCAAGAAGAACACGUCCAAGAAGAACAAGAAGGACAAGGACAAGAAGGCGGAGGAGGAGAGCGACGAGAAGCCGCCGCCGCCGAGCGAGGAGGAGGUCAGCCCCAGGGACGGCGAGGACUCGGGCAAGGGCGCGAGCAAGGAGGCGUCCCCGAAGGCCGAAGAGUCCCCUGAGCCGGAGGGCAGCUCGCCCGAGAAGGAGGAGGAGGAGGGGGGGAGCCCCAGGACGGCGGAGGCGUCGUUCACGCUGCGCCUGCACGCGACGGGCGGCCACGACGCCGACGAGAGCUCGAGCCGGGAGGCGACGCCGCCGUGCUCGAGCGGACGCGACUCCGAGGAGCGCGACUCCGGGCGGCCGUCGCCGGGCAGGGCCGUCUCCAGCACCACCAUCUUCCUCAAGUCCAGCCGAAGCCCUUCGGAGGAGUGAGGCCGCGGGGCUGAGGGCUGCAGGAGCCGAGAACCAGGGCCCGAAGGAGCUCAAGAAGAGGAGAGGAAGGGCCGAGAUGCCCGGCUCUCGCCACGAAAUCAAACUGAUGUUGAUGUUACUUUUUUUCUUUUUCAUCUGAGCCAUUAAAUGUAGGUGCUUCGUUUGUUUAUACUAAGAUGGUGGUACGACUGUUCAAUGGAUAGAGAAUAUUUAAUACCUUGUCUCCCUCACCCCCCUCCCCCAACCAAGACGUUGUGUUAAAGUUAUAACAUAUCUAUUGAAUCUAUAAAGAGUCUAUUGUAAAGCCCGUUUUGCCUUCCGUAGAUUCUAUUCACAUGAUCUAUUUUAAUGAUGUUAUGGAUUCCCUGAUAAUAAGAAUAGUUCAUAUGGCUUUUACAAUGUUACAGUACUCCUUAAUGGGCUAUGGUAAUACUUUUGUGUACAAUGACAACAGAAGUAGUAAACGCAUACAAGGUGCCUCAGUAUUACAUCUGUAUUUCAUGACCUGCAUUUAAAAAUAUAUAGUAUCAUGGCAUUAGUGUUAAAGAUAGGAUUUAUCUUCUUUUUUUAUGUUAUGGGUGUAGCAUUUUGAUUUUUCUUUUUUUUUUGUAUAAUGAUGAUGAUUAUUUAUGUAUAUAUAAACGAACAAUGCAAUCAUGAGGCUCAUUUAAUUGUUUCUAUUGUAGUAGAGUUAAGAAAUUAUAUACUUUUUCCUAAAAAGUGCCAAAAUUUUUCCUCUAUGUUCAGACAUAAGCCAUCAAAAUUCCCAAUAAAUGUUUGUUUUGAAGAAAUUAUGUAAGGAAUUGUUUAAUAGGAUUUGGUUAAGUCAUGUAGUUUAAGUAUUUCACUGAAGUUAUCUUGGAUUCUGAGAAUAUGAAAUAAUAUCAAACAAGCUUGCUCAAUCAACAAAGAUCUCUUAAGGAACUUUUUAAAUACAUGAAAAAUACCUCUUUUUUAUAUAUUUUCUAAACUUGCUUAUGGUUAUUGCAAUAACUAGAAAUGGCAUUGCUUGGCACCCAGGUUUCCAACCCUGAUCUCAGUCUCAAUUUUUUUUCAUAACAACCUCGCCAAAACAUUCUGGUAAAGCACAAUGUCUCGAAUCUUACAUUAUUUAUACUCAGAAAUGACUUGGAAAAUGGUGCAAUUACUGGGUGAAAAUAUAAAGAUUGAGCAUAAGCUGAACUCCAAAUGUUUCAAGAUCCCUACAAUGCCUCUGCUGAGUAGGACAGAGUAAACUCUCUAAGGGUACGAAAUGAAUGAAAUGAAUAACGUAGAAAUAGUCCUUCAUUCUUGGAAGUGAAUCAUCAUUUUUUAGAAUAUGUAAAAUAUAUGAAUGAAAGCUUUGACAGUUCGAUCUAAAUGGAUAAAGAGGUCUUUUUCUGUAUUAAUACUAUUUUUAAUUGUUAUUGCUUAUACAACAAAACGAGUCAACAACAGAAAAGUGAAACAUCACUUGCUUUUUUGGGGGUUCGAUUUUGAAGCACGUGCCUUGUGUAUUUACAUUUUUCUUCCAGGAUAACUGUUUUUAUACCUUCCAUGAAGGUUGUUUUUACAUAUUUUGAUAGUGUUUUCUUUUUUUUGUACAGUCCUUUUUGAGUAUUGUUAAGUGCGAGUGAAAAAAAAUUCAGAAGUGUGCUCAACUUUUUUUUCUUUCAACUUUUUUUUAGUAUUGACAAAGUUCUGUUUAAAAUGAGGCUGUUCAGUGCGACUUAUUGAGAGAACUAAGCUAGUCAAAGUAGGUUUUUUUCCAGUCAUUUUGUAAUGGUGGAGAGCAGAGGUUUUAUUCCCAGAACGAUAGUGUUUUUAUGUCAAAUUCAGAACCUGUACUUUGUAAGAUCUUUUUGAACUGAAUCUUAUAAUCCCUUGUGAAGCAAGUGCCCCAAAAAGAAAAAAAAGGUAGAAAAUGAAGAAAUUUUGUCUAUACUUAAAGCACAAAUAAGAAAAUAACUAUAUGUUUGAUAACAUUAAAAAAAGGAAAUUGUUAAUAUUACAUAUCUUAAAGAGGAGAAACAAAAAUCCUCCUAAGUGAAGUACUACUGAUUGAAAUUUCUGUUUAGACUGCAAGCAAAAAUUCAUGUAUUUGCAUGCAUAGUUGACUGGAUUUUGUAGUUCUUGCUAAUUUAGCCAUUAUUAUGUACUUCUCUUUCAUUUUUUAUAAUAGAUGCUUUAAUGGUAAAUUUUGCAGGAGACCCUCCAUGCAACUCUCCUAGAUGUGAUUUUUCAGUUUCUCUGUAGGGUCACUUUGAUUUUCUCUAAUUGAUUAUUGGGUAUUAAUUUCUCCUUGUGAUAUAAUUUAUUUACUAUUUCUGCUCUUUGUAAUUUUACUAAAAUAUUUUACCAUUCAUUCUUUUUUUUAUAACAACCUUUUGAACACUGCUAUACAAUUUUUUAAAACAUAGCUGCAAAAGCAAGUGUUUAAGGACUUGCUUGUUUUUAAUGAUGGCUUUUCAAAGAAAACAUUUUCCAUCAUAUAACAUUUUGGACACCACAGGCAGGUGUCAUUUGUGAAUUGGCCUCGCUUAUUGUAAUAUUUGUUUUUAUCUCACUCUCUCGCUCUAUUUCCUUGUGUACUGUUAAUUCAGGAUAUUUCAUUAUUUUUUACUUUUUCAUUUCUCAAAUAUAGAAGUAUAAAGGUAUAUUUUACCA